AUGGAGAGCUGGCCCUGGCCGUCGGGCGGCGCCUGGCUGCUUGUGGCGGCCCGUGCGCUGCUGCAGCUGCUGCGCGCGGACCUGCGUCUGGGCCGCCCGCUGCUGGCGGCGCUGGCGCUGCUGGCCGCGCUCGACUGGCUGUGCCAGCGCCUGCUGCCCCCGCUGGCCGCACUUGCCGUGUUGGCCGCCACCGGCUGGAUCGUGUUGUCCCGCCUGGCGCGCCCGCAGCGCCUGCCCGUGGCGACUCGCGCGGUGCUCAUCACCGGCUGUGACUCUGGUUUUGGCAAGGCGACGGCCAAGAAGCUGGAUGCGCUGGGCUUCACAGUGCUGGCUACCGUGUUGGAUUUGAAUAGCCCUGGUGCCCUAGAGCUGCGUGCCUGCUGUUCUCCUCGUUUAAAGCUGCUACAGAUGGACCUGACCAAGCCAGCGGACAUUAGCCGCGUGCUGGAGUUCACCAAGGCCCACACCGCCAGCACUGGUCUGUGGGGCUUGGUCAACAACGCGGGUCAGAACAUCCUCGUAGCAGAUGCGGAGCUGUCUCCAGUGUCCACGUUCCGCAGCUGCAUGGAGGUGAACUUCUUUGGUACACUUGAGAUGACCAAGGGCCUCUUGCCACUGCUGCGCCAUUCCAGCGGGCGCAUCGUGACCGUGAGCAGCCCGGCAGGAGACAUGCCAUUUCCCUGCUUGGCUGCCUAUGGGACCUCCAAGGCGGCUGUCACGUUGCUCAUGGACACGUUCAGUUGUGAACUUCUGCCCUGGGGUGUCAAGGUCAGCGUCAUCCAGCCUGCCUGCUUCAAGACAGAGGCAGUGAAAGACAUGGACCAGUGGGAAGAGCGCAAGCGGCAGCUGCUGGCCAACCUGCCCCGAGAGCUGCUGCAGGCCUACGGUGAGGACUACAUUGAGCACUUGAACGGGCAGUUCCUGCAUUGUCUGAGCCAAGCACUGCCAGACCUCAGCCCGGUUGUAGAUGCCAUCACCGAUGCGCUGCUGGCGGCUCAACCACGCCGCCGCUAUUACCCAGGCCAUGGCCUGGGGCUCAUGUACUUCAUCCACUACUACCUGCCUGAGGGCCUGCGGCGCCGUUUCCUGCAGUCCUUCUUCAUCAGUCCCUAUGUGCCAAGAGCACUGCGGCCUGGCCAGCCUGGCCUUACCUCUGCCCGGGAUGUAGCCCAGGACCCAGGCCCUAAACCGGGCCCUUCCCCCACUGCCCAAGGAGCAGUACGUGCAUAG